GCGAGCGGCGGGGACGUCGGUGCGGAGAGGCAGGUGCCACCCGAGCAGGGCGGGAACGCGGCCGCGGGGACCCCGUCGGGCAGCGCAGGUCCUCGGUGUCCCGCGCAGCCUACUUAAUCGCGACCGUUGUUGGGAGGGCCUAACGUCGGGCCGCUGUGUGAGUGGGGACACUGUCCGUCGCCAGCGGGAGCCGCGCCCACAGAGCGGAGGAAUUGAAGGGCUGUGAUCGGAUGACCGACCCUGACGGGGCCACGCGGCGACCCCCCCGACUCGGCAUGCAGAAACAUAAGGGUCACUCAUCGAAACAAGGUAACGUGGCAGUCACUGCUGUUGCUUUACAAGAUCACAUUUUACGUGACCUUCAACUUCGAAAUCUUUCAAUAGCAGAUCAUUGUAAGACAAAGGUACAGCAGAGAGACGCCACAUCCCAAUCUCUAAGAAGAAAUGCAAAAGCAGUGAUAGAUACCGGGCUCAAACCAGCAGCACGAGGCCCGAAAGCAGAAGACCCAGAAGAAGAAUAUGUUCUUGAUCCCAAACCACCACCGUUAACUUUAGCUCAGAAGUUGGGCCUGUUUGCAGCUCCCCCGCUGCCACUAUCACCAGGCGAAUGGGAAAAAGUGAAGCAGAGAUCCGUCCUGCAAGGGGACUCCAUGCAGCCGUGCCCAAUAUGCAGGGAGGAAUUCGAACUCCGCCCCCAGGUGCUGCUGUCGUGUUCCCACGUGUUUCACCGGGCAUGCCUCCAGGCUUUUGAAAAAUUCACAAAUAAAAAAACCUGCCCCCUCUGUAGAAGGGACCAGUACCAAACCAGAGUGAUCCACGACGGGGCCCAGCUCUUCAAAAUCAAGUGUGCGACCAGGCUCCAGGCUUGCUGGCGGGGACACGCUGUCCGGAAGUGGUACCGGGACCUGAGGAGAGCCGUGCCGCCCACGGACCCCGCGCUGCGCAGGAAGUUCUUUGAGGGGAAGUUCGCAGAGAUCACCCGCCGCAUGCUGCGCUCCUACAACACGGACAUAGAGGGGCUGUUUUCGGAGAUCGACCACUGCCUGGCCGUGAACCGGAGUGUGCUCCAGCAGCUGGAGGCGGGGUGCGGCCAGGAGCUCACCGAGGGAGACUGGGAGAAGAUCCAGAUGCAGGCUCUGCGCCGGGAGGCCCGCGAGUGCCCCAUCUGCCUCACCCCGCUGCCCACCAGCGGCGACCGUCGCCAGGACCCCGCGGACACACCCCGAGGCCAGCCUUCUCGUGCCGCGGUCCUGCUGUCCUGCUCACACGUGUUUCACCACACGUGUCUCCUUGCGCUGGAGGAGUUCUCCGUGGGGGACAGCUGUCUUUUCCAUGCCUGUCCCCUCUGCCGCUCCUGCUAUCAAAAGAAAAUUCUAGAAUGUUGAAUUCAUAGGAAAAAUUAUCAUUCCUGGGGGGACGUUUACCUUCAUUUUGUACAAACUACGUGAGUUUGGGUCAGCGCUGCUGACCUGCUCUCCAGUGAACUGUGUUCUUAGUAGUUGCACGUGGGAACCCUAAAUCUAUUUUUAAAGCUGACAACCUAUCCAGUUUUAGUCUUUAGUCUAUAAAAAUUUCAAGGGGAUAAGCUUAAUCAGUUGAAAUAACUGAGAAACGGAUAAAAAGUUUCAGAGCGGGUACAAUUUAGCUGACCUGGGAUCGCGCCUAACAGCAAAAUCACUCCCUGCCCUCCACGGGCAUCUGAUGAGCCGGCUGGUCUCCAGAGGGGCGCGGGGGCCGGGGCUGGGCCCAGCCAGCCGGGAGCCUCAGUACACGCCGUCAGUCCCCGAGGCCCUUGUCUCCUGGUGCUCGUUCUGCAGUAGUUGUUUCCUUUCGACGUGGCGGGUCGCUGUGGUGCUUCCCGCUUCGCACGUGUGAACCCAAAGUGUAAGAAUAAAACAGCCAGUGGCAUUCAACCUCAGGA